GUCAAUACUGAUAGACGUUACAACCGAAAAACAAUUAGAUUUAACUUUUAACUAUGUUAGUGAGGAUGAAUUUAAUCUGAAGUCAUCACAGGAAAUACAGAAAGAACACUCGAAAUUUUCAUUAUCAUUGGAUUUCAAACUUCAAGAAAAAUGUUCUUCAUCUGAUGAUCUAAGUCUUAAGGGGUGGGAUGAAGCUGUAAAUAAGUUACAUUUCAGCGAAACUGAUUCAGAACUUUUAAAAAAUGUAAAGAAAUUGAUGAAAUUAACUCUGCCAAAGUUCGUUUUAAUUGGGGUGUCUAUAAUAGCCUGA